AUGAUUUAUCACACCAUGAAUCAUUUCAAGUCUGGUGAAGGAAACAUGGGAAAAUUCAUGGUGGGUGAAGGAUGGUGUUCUUUAAAAACUAUAGACAAGGUCACCAGCGUUCUCGCCAUUCCAAAAGAAAACGAUUAUAGUAAUUGUCACAUGGUUCAUCGGAUGACGAUAGACGAAAAUAUGGCUAAGAAAAUACGCUAUACGCCUCCCACCUACAUAAUCAACAACGAGUACACCUCUAUUUUUCAAUCAAUCGUUAACGCGUAUGGACCCCCAAAAUAUCUGGAACUGAAUCCUGCCCCUUACCUGAUAAUAACAUUUCCGUUUCUAUUCGCGAUAAUGUUCGGGGACGCUGGGCACGGUCUCAUAGUAGCCUUACUAGCCUUUUGCGUGAUAUUCUUCGAUAAUUCGUAUCCGGUUAAUUUCCUCAAAAAAGAUGAAGCUGUCAGAAUGUUUUACGAAGGCAGGUACCUGAUAUUAUUGAUGGGCCUAUUUUCCAUUUACACUGGCGCCGUGUACAACGAUUACUUCUCUAAAUCCAUAAGUUUUUCCGGUUCUAAGUGGUUGAUCUUCAAUAAGGAUUUUGAGAAAUCCAUGAAUGUUCCAACCCGCAAGAUUACUCACAAGUAUGAUCCUCAUCGCGAAUUCGCGAUCGUUGUUUUAGACCCGGUGGUUACUUACGAGAACGUAAGCGAUUUUAAGGAUUCCAGGAAAAUUCGAUCUCCGUACAUGUACAGCAUGGACCCUAUAUGGAAGGUAGCCAAAAACGAAAUCUCCUUCAAUAACUCUUACAAGAUGAAGCUCUCCAUCAUUUUUGGGAUCAUGCACAUGACAUUGGGACUAUUUCUGGGAUUGUGCAAUCACAUCUACUUUAACGAAAAAAUUGACAUAUACUGCUCUUUCCUGCCACGACUCAUAUUUUUGAUUUCUACGUUUGGGUACUUGGCCAUAUUGAUAGUAGUGAAAUGGGUUAAGGUGCUAACGGUAGACUCCAAAUGUGCCCCCAGUUUACUCCACAAUUUGAUCCAUAUGUACCUUUUUUCUGAGGUUAAGGGGGUAUGCGGUGAUUUUCUGUUUGAUAGACAGAAAACUCUUCAAGUAGUAUUGGUUUUCGUAGCUGUACUGUGUAUUCCCUGGUUGCUAUUCUCAAAGCCAUUCAUCUUGUAUCUUAAUGGUUAUAAAGGGUCUGAAUUAUCGGAGUGCAUGCUGCACCAAGCUAUUUCAACCAUCGAAUAUUGCCUAGAAUGUUUGUCCCACACAGCAUCCUACCUUAGGCUAUGGGCACUGAGUUUAGCUCAUUCAGAAUUAUCCAAAGUUUUGUGGAACAUGAUAUUACGAAUGGGAUUUUCGUGCCCUCAUGGACCCUUGUUCUGUGGAAUAAAGAUGUACUUCAUGUUUUCGAUAUGGGCGAUUCUUACAUUCAGCAUACUAAUCUUGAUGGAAGGGCUUUCGGCAUUUUUGCACGCAUUAAGACUGCAUUGGGUUGAAUUUCAAAGAAAAUUUUAUGACGGAGGCGGUCGUUUAUUCGAGCCCCUAUCUUUCGCUAACGUACAUUACCCAAUCAAAAGGGAGUAGAAAAAUUUAUCCAAUCAUUUAUUCUCAGCG